AUGAUAAUAGGUAUUAUACAAAAUGGGCACAGAUCCAAAGAUUGUGUUGGCUUAACAUAAGGUAUAACUUUGAUUUUAGAUUUAUGCUAGAAUAAGAAAAAAAGGAUGCUGAAUUUAAAUUCGAAGCACUUAAGCAUCAUGUAAUAGAUCGUUACAUGAUUUUUCAACAAAUUUGGCUUCUCAUUAGAGUUAAUUGAAAGCAUAUUAGAAAUAAUUGAGGUUUUAUUAUUGAUUUAUAAAAUAGGAAAAUAAAAAUAAUAUUUAAAGAUCACUUAAUAAAAUUGCAGAAAUCUUUGUUGAAAUUUAAGAGAAUACAAAGAAAACUAAUGUAGGAUAGAGUGAAAGAGAUAUAUAAUAUGCUGAGUUUUAAUCCAAGAUAAAAGAUCAUAUGAAGCUAUAAAUGCAAUCGAUGAAGCAUAUGCUCUUAUUGAAAAUUUGUAUAGCAGUGGUUCAUCUUUUAUUUAAGUGAAAAGAAGAUUCAACAAAGUCUUAUAAAGAUUAUGAAGGUAAUCUUAGUGUAUUGUGAAUCAACUGGAUUAUUAUUCUAACCGAUUCUUACAAUGAUGAUAUAAUUAUCAUCAAAGUCUGAUUCAGACACAGCAAAAAAGUUUUUUUGUUGUCGGCCAAUUUAAAAGUUUAAAUUGUAGAAAGUAAAGGAAAUGAUGAAUCAAUUGAAAAAUAAUAAAGUCUCAAUAAGUAAUAAUUCUUAGUAGACUUAAAAAAUGAGAAGAAAAACACUUUGAACUUUCUAUUAUCUAUUUUUUAAUAAUAGAUCUGACCAAAGAUAGAACUUAGAAUAAGCAAUUUAGAAUUAUUAAAGUAUUAUUGAAGAAUCAGAAGGUAAAGUUGAAUAUUAUGCUGCAGAGGUUAAAAGAAACUAGGUAUAAAAUAUUGUUAUAUAAAUAUAGAUUAACCUAGAAGGUUAAGACUAAUCGUGUAGACAAUAAUAAGAUAUCUAUUAAUUAGAAACAUAAUCUAGAGUUUAGAGUUAAGAUUUAAUAUCAAGAAUAUCAGAUCACAUUUAAGAUAAGAUAGUAACUCUAAAGAAUCUCUUAGAGAAAGACUUCAGUUAAAUUCAUUAUCUAAAUAUUCAACACAAAAUAAAAUAAAUUAUCAUAUAUCUAAACUUUUAUAGCUUAUCUUAAUUUUAAUAAUCUUUCUCAAUUAUAUAAAAUGUGUCCUAAAAGAACAAAAAAAUUAAUAUUUUCACUUAUACAAAAGAACAAAUUAUUAUGAUUCUAUUUUGA